AAGUUUAAUGGUUCUGAAAAUCUUAAAUUUUCAGAAUUUUAUAAGAAAACUCGUACCAAGAAGAACAAAGAGUGGAUUGAUCCUAUUUGCACCGUGAAACAUGUAGGUAUCUAAAAUCUCAAUAAUCAUUUAAAUCAGUUUCUGCUUUUGCAAGGUUAUAUACAUUUAAUUCUGUUGUUACCUUUGCAUUGACAGUCAAAGAUGUUGAGCUUGCGAGAAGAAUCUUCCUAAUCCGGUGUGCAAUUAACGUCAGAGGAGAUGUCUAGGCAGGCACUUGGAAAAAGGAACAGAUACAUUCUUGGAUUUGGGGAUGGGCCGAAGCCCUCUUCAUCUUCUUCCACACCUAGUCGUGUGUCACAAGACUAUGUUGGGGAGUUGCAGAAACUUAAAACUGAGAUGGAGGAGAUGAAGAUGGAGCGUGAGGAGCUGCAGAGGCAAUUGGAGAAGGAGAGGAGAGAGCGUGAGGAGGAAAAGAAAGAGCGAGAGGAAGAACAGAAGCAAAUUGCACAUCUUACAAGUUUGGUGACAGAGUUCUUAAAGGGAAAGACUCAAACGCACAAGUCAUCUAUCCAUCAUGAUGGGGCCAUGUAUUCAACUGAUACAUGGUGGAGUUAUGAGCAUGUGAAAUCUAGUUUCUGGUACAUGGAUAGCUUUUGUUCAGAUGAUCAUGGUGGAGUUGUCUACAAGCAGAAUCCAGUUUUUGGUUUAUUCAUAUUUUUGUCUACAUGAUGGUUGUUUGGAUGAAUAGCAAGAUCAGAUAUUUUAAAAUUUUUAAUUUACAUUUUGAUGUGUUUGGUGA